CGCAACCUCGGGAGUCCUUGGCUGGUUAGCUUGCUGUAGGUGACUGAACCUGGGAAGGGACACCAACAAGAUGCAGAGCUGGACUCAGUUAUACCGCUCUCUGGCCACGCGGAGCCACCAUCUUCCCUGCAAACUGCACGGAGCUACAACUGUAUCUGUCAGAACUUAUGCUGACAAAGCAGCAAUUGACGCAGACCUCACAGUUGUCGGCUCUGGACCAGGUGGUUACGUCGCUGCCAUCAAAGCAGCACAGCUCGGCUUCAAAACAGUAUGUGUGGAGAAGAAUCCUACACUGGGUGGAACCUGUCUGAAUGUCGGCUGCAUCCCGUCAAAGGCUCUGUUGAACAACUCCUAUUUUUACCACUUGGCUCAUGGCAAGGACUUUGAAAGCAGAGGCAUUGAAAUCUCAGGCAUCUCGUUGAACCUGGAGAAGAUGAUGGCUCAGAAGAGCGGUGCGGUCAAAGCACUAACGGGAGGAAUCGCACAUCUAUUCAAACAGAACAAAGUGACCCAUGUUAAUGGUUUUGGGAGGGUGACGGGUAAGAACCAGGUGACGGCCACAGCAGAAGACGGCAGCGAGCAGGUCAUCAACAGCAAGAACAUCCUCCUUGCCACUGGCUCUGAGGUCACACCCUUCCCUGGAAUCCAGAUUGAUGAGGACACCAUCGUAUCAUCAACGGGAGCUCUGUCUCUGCAAAAAGUGCCAGGGGAGCUGAUUGUGAUUGGAGCUGGAGUCAUUGGAGUGGAGCUGGGGUCAGUGUGGCAGCGUCUGGGCUCCAAGGUCACGGCGGUGGAAUUCCUGGGCCACGUUGGAGGCAUGGGCAUUGACAUGGAGAUCUCCAAGAACUUCCAGCGUAUCUUACAGAAGCAGGGCCUCAAAUUCAAGCUCGGCACCAAAGUCAUGGGAGCCACCAAAAGGCCGGACGGCAAAAUCGAUGUGGCAGUGGAGGCAGCAGCUGGAGGGAAGAAUGAAACACUGACCUGCGACGUGCUGCUGGUGUGUAUCGGCAGACGACCAUUCACCCAGAGCCUCGGUCUGGAUUCCGUUGGCAUCGAGCUGGACAACAGGGGGCGCGUCCCUGUCAACAACCGCUUCCAAACCAAAGUACCCAGUAUUUAUGCAAUUGGGGAUGUGGUAGCCGGGCCUAUGUUGGCCCACAAGGCUGAGGACGAGGGCAUCAUCUGUGUUGAGGGCAUAGCCGGUGGUGCCGUGCACAUUGACUAUAACUGUGUUCCCUCUGUCAUCUACACUCACCCAGAGGUGGCCUGGGUGGGCAAGACAGAGGAGCAGCUCAAAGAGGAGGGCGUCCCAUACAAAGUUGGCAAGUUCCCCUUUGCAGCCAACAGCCGAGCUAAAACCAAUGCCGACACCGACGGCCUGGUGAAGAUCCUCGGCCACAAGGAGACAGACAGAAUGUUGGGAGCGCACAUUCUUGGAUCUGGGGCAGGAGAGAUGAUCAAUGAAGCUGCUUUGGCCAUGGAAUACGGCGCCUCCUGUGAGGAUGUCGCCAGAGUCUGCCACGCACAUCCCACGGUGUCGGAAGCCUUCAGAGAAGCAAACCUGGCUGCUUCCUUUGGCAAAGCCAUCAACUUCUGAUCCGCCUGCCGCUGUCGCACCUUCAGUGUACAUAACAGAGGAGAAAUGGGUUGCUGUGUUUGCGUCCCGAUCUUCAUCCAGCCCUUUGGGAUCCUCUGUGCUCUCCAACACUUAACCAUAUUUAGAUUUUUAUGUUAUUUAAAUGUUCUCGGCAAAACAAUAAAGGGGGAAUUGGGCAGUAAACAAACACUGGCUGCAGAUCAGUCGUCUUGUUUUCUAAACACAGUUUUUAAGAUCCAAGCACAGCAUAUUAUUUACAGGACAUAGAGAUAUAAAUAUUAUUUUAGACUGGUGGUUGUUGUUGUUUCUCUUGUAAAGGAAGAUGGAAGACAUGUUUGUUUUAUUCAUGUUUUUUAUUUUACAUUGUGAAAUCAAGAUGACAGACCUGAGAGGGAAUCAGUGCAGCAAAUGAGACUUUAAUGACUUGGGUCUGGGACACAAGUGCAACAUGAUUCAGCGUUUGUGUGUACAGAGCAGAAAAAGUGUGUAACUGUUUCCUGCUCUGAUGACCACACUUUGAAAGGACCUGACUCGUUCUUCUUCUUUAUCUCGCCAUAACAACCAAUAAAUGCAGCAUCUAUUGAGUAAAAAUAGUGUUCUGAAAACUUUUUAUUUAAGAGUUUAUUUUCAGUACAGUAACACUGUCCUUCAAACCAAACCAAUACUAUGAUGUGUCAAUUUAGCCCUUGUAAAAAAACGAUUAACGUGACAGUAGCUGAUAUCUUAAAAAUGCUGUGUGGGCUUUCACGGUGAAGUACUUUGGACACAGCCUGUGAAUUUUUCAUGUUGUACAAGUGGAAUUUAUAAAAGAUGAUAAAGGCUUAGAAUUCAAACACUGAAAUACCAUGAAAAGUGCCCUGGCCUGUACAAUAAAUAAUUCUGAGUGCGG